UCCAGUAGAAAUAGCACAUUUCAGACACAUUUGAACCGGUAAAACGUGACUUAAUGGACGGGGAGACUCGCUCUGAGUGGAUUCCACAUGAGGUUGUAGUUUUAUAAGAGUCUUCACACCUGCCAGGAUGGAUCUUGGUAAGGCAAAGCUGCUUCGGACGGGUCUCAACACCCUGCACCAAGCCAUCCACCCUGUGCACGGGAUAGCGUGGACGGACGGCAAGCAGGUCUGCCUGACCUCCCUCUUCUUAGUCAAUGGAGAGCUGAAUUUCGGGGACACGAACGUUAUCGGGCAGUUUGAGCACGUCCUGGGGCUCUUCUGGGGCCCGCUGUGCUGCUCGGACUCCCCCGCCCUGCUGGCUGUGCAGCACAAGAAGCACGUUACCGUGUGGCAACUGCAGCUCAGCGCGCUGGAGCAGAACAAGCUGCUGUGCACUCAGACCUGCGAGAUGAGCGAGCCUUUCCCCUUGCUCUCCCAGGGCUGCGUGUGGCAUCCUAAACUGGACAUCCUGGCCGUGCUGACCAAGAGGGACACUUCUGUGCUGUUUUCUGUCAGAGUGGACAACAGGAGGGUUAAAGCAGACAUCAAAGUUAGUGGACUCAUCCACUGUGCGUGCUGGACUAAGGACGGCACGCGCCUGGUGGUGGCUAUAGGAAGUUCUCUGCACUCGUACGUCUGGAAUGACAUCCAGAAGAGUCUGGUGGCGUGCUCCUUCUGCCCCAUCUUUGACGUGGGAGGCUACAUCUGUGCCAUCGAGGCCACGGGCGAGGCUCAAGUAGCGGUGGCGACAGAGCUGCCCCUGGACAAAAUCUGCGGGUUAAAUGCCGGCAUAGCCUUCGACAUGGCGUCAGAGGUGGAGUCCCUGCAAGGCCACGGCUCGCACGUGAGUAUCUCAGAGGAGGACAACGUUGUGGAAUCGAGAAGAAGAUCUUCUGAAUCGGAGCGGUCCUACAUCCCCAGUCCAGGCCCCCUAGACCUCACCCACCUCCUGGCGAGGCACCGCCGCUCCGACCCCAGCCCCCUUCUCCACCUGCGUCGCAGGGACACCAUGACGGGCUCUGGCCAGGACUCCUCGCACCUCAUCCUGGUCACCUACGAGCGCAAAGUCACCACCAGCCGCAAGGUCAGCAUCCCCGGGAUUUUGGUCCCGGACAUCGUGGCGUUCGACCCGCGCGGCUCCACGGUCGCGGUGGCCUCCAACACCUGCAACAUGGUGCUGGUGUACUGCAUCACGGCCUCCGCCAUGCCGAACAUUCAGCAGAUCUCCCUGCAGCCCAGCGAGAGGCCAAAGGGAGUCUGCUUCCUCAACGACAAGAUGCUGCUGCUGAUGGUGGGCCGGCAGAAGUCCAACGACCCGGCCUUCCUCCCAUCCUCCAACACCGACAAAUACAUCCUUCGUCUCAUAGCCAAAGAGCUGCUGCCCGAUGGAGAGGUUCCAAUCACACCACCCCCCUCUGCUCCCAACCGUGAGACGGCUGCUUCUAAUUUCUGCGCACGGAUUAGGAGGCACUCGGAGAACCUAUCUAAGGACGACAGGGAGCGCCCAGUGAUAAAGGACUUGGUGUUACCGGGUGGGGGAGUCUUUCGCUCACCGGGCAACAGGCGUACGCUGGUGGAGGAGGUGAGGAGCGGCGAGCCCAGCCCCGUAGCCAGCUCUGUCGACUUCUUCGACCGAGCCUCAGACAGAGCCCUCUCCAGCACCUCCUUGGUCACGGUGGAGAGUUUCGACAUGGACCACGUCAACCGCAUGGCCAGCCUGGCGGUGGCCGGCCAGGCCAGCAGGGACUCCAGCCGGGCCAGCUCUCCUCGCCACGAGCCCUCGGACAAGCUCCACACGGACCCGACUCUGCCCUAUCCCGAAAAGGCCAUGGCCCCGGCCAAGGAGCGGGGACUGGAGCAGCUGGUCCACAACAUGGAGAGGCUUUUUACGCGCUUUGCAGACGUACAGCAGUGCCUGAUGGAAAUUAAAGAUUAUAACCAGAAUGGCAAGAAGGCCCCGAGUUUCUACCCCAGCGCCUCUGAACCCCCCUAUGUCAACGUCACGUGUCAGAAGCAGUUAUCAGAGAAUGUGUUCAUCGAUGAGCGGAGGCCGGUGCUGCUGUGUGAUGGGAAGCUGUGUCUGCGUGCCCUUCAGGACCUCUUCAGCCUGACUAUUGUGGAGAUGAUGUAUGGUCCGUUGUGGGUCGUGCUCGUGGCAGACGCAGACGGCUUUGUGCCUCUGACGUUCAAGCCCAAAGAGGAACUUACCGUGCGGAACGGGAAGCGGAAAUCUAACCUGAGGACUCCUGGGAGUGCGGAGAACUCCGUCCCAUCCAGUCCAGCCCCCGGCCAAUGCCCCAACCUGCUCGCAGACUUCUCCACAUAGUGCCUCCUGACACACGACUCAGUUUAUAUCCUCGUAACUUCCAAUAUACAGAUAACACAUUUAUUUUUCUAUUGAAGAGCAGUAGCGAGGUUGAGAAGGGGCUGCCUAUUCAGAUGUGAUGUUUACAAGUUGCUGCUUUUGAAAUGACAGCUUAACCCAAAGAAUGUGUUUUCUUUCAUUUAUUGUUGACAAAAAGGCAGUCCUGGUACAAGAACCGAUAGAGGCUUAUGUAUGAUGUAAAUGUUUUCUUCUGUAUUUGUUAUUACUGGAGCACUGCAGAAAUCCUUACUUGAAUGAAAUCAAGAUUUGACCCAUAAAACUUCUGCAUUGUCACUUUUAUGCUGAAUGGUCCCACUCAUUUGAUCUAACAUUGUCAUGCAACACUCUGGGUUGUAUAUAAUCAUGUCUAAAAUGUUAAUAAGAACACAGUUGAAGCACUUUUUCUUCCAUACUUAUAAUGUUACCAAGCUCAGUAACACAACUGACCACUAGAGGGGGCAAGACUCAACAGAAACGUUCCUGUCAUUGCUAUACAUUGUCAAUAAGAGCUCUAUUGAAGACCAAAAAAGUGUGAAAGUAUGUCUUGUUUCAAAAACAAAAUCUUUCGGAUGCAUUUUGAAUAUUAAAUCUG